ACGAGAGUACCGCCAGAACCAGGAGCUGGUGCGGAAUAUCGGUGCCCACUACUAUCAGAUCAUUUACCCCGUGCAGCUGCGACAUCACGAGAAAAUGGGCAUUUCCACGCGCGAGGUCAACACUCCCAAGGGCAGAGGUUACGACUACCAGCAGGGCACAAGGUCACGCGCUAGGACUGGCAAACACUUUCAUAGGACUUCACUUCUCAUCAAAGCUUUCAAUCACAAGUUCCGACUGGACCUUGAGCUUAACACGCAACUGCUAGCGCCCAAUCUAAAACAAACGCAGUAUUUAGCAAAUGGUGCCGAGAGCGACAUCAGAACUGAAAUUGAGCACUGCUACUAUCACGGCACGGUGAAGGACUACCCAGGGGCGUCAGCAGCAUUCCACACGUGCAACGGAGUGUCAGGGGUCAUUCACAUCGGCAACGAGACCUUUGUCAUACACCCCUUCUACGGGGGUGACCUAUCGAAGCACCCUCAUGUGAUCUUUGAGGCGCGAACGAAGGCGAACAAGGGCUGCGCCAACAAGCUGGAGUUCCGGCCCAAGAGUCGCCGUACUAAACACGUGCCCUUCGUCGAGGAACCGCUCGCUGAUGACCCUGGCAAUAUGGACUCAACAACAAGAACGAAAGAAGAACGAGCUUGGCGAUGGUGGCAGGACGCAGGGUUGCGUGCACUGAACAGACGCAGGCGUGACGUCAGAGAAACCACGAAGUACAUAGAGACAGCCCUGGUGAUUGACAAGGCUAUGUUUGACAGAAGAAACGGCAGCACCAGGUCGGAGGUCGUCCAUGAUGCUAUUCAAGUGGCUAACAUUGCUGAUCUGUAUUUCCGCACGUUGAACACCCGGGUAUCCCUGGUGUACAUCGAGUCCUGGCAGAGUGCAGACCAGGCAGACAUCGACCGAAAGCAGGACAUCACCCGCGCCAUACACAAGUUCAGCGACUACACUGCUCGGAAACUGUUCAAGAUUGAGAAAGACACUACACAGUUGCUCACCGGGCUGACGUUCCCGGGAGGUGAGUCCGGAAUAUCAGUCCCGGACACGCUGUGCACGCCCAAGUCUGUGGGUAUAUCCGUGGACACCAACACUUACGAGCCCCACCUCCUUGCUGGGACCAUGGCACAUAUGAUUGGACACAAUAUUGGUAUGGGCCACGACGACGGUCGGGAGCAAUGCUUCUGCCGCGACUGGCACGGCUGCAUCAUGGCGCAGUCCAUCGUGGGCUCCGACAACGUGCAGCCCUACAAGUUCUCCGACUGCUCCAAGAAUGACUACAUCAACGAACUCAGGGUCGGACAGGGACUGUGCUUGCUCAAUAAACCUAAUGAGUUGGUGAUGCACCACUUAUGUGGCAACGGACGGCUGGACGAGGGCGAGGAGUGUGACUGUGGCACUCUAUCGGAGUGCCAGAACAGUAACCCGUGCUGCGACCCCUUCACCUGCCGCCUCACCAAGGAGUCGCAGUGUGCUUCUGGAGAGUGCUGCGAAAGGUGUCAGCUGAAACCACGUGGCGUGACCUGCCGGGACGCUACCAAUGAAUGUGAUCUAGAAGAGACGUGUACGGGGCUGUCCGGAGUCUGUCCUCCUGACGCACAUCGGAAGAAUGGCGAGCCCUGUCAGGCCGGCAAUGGAGCCUGCUUCGCGGGACAAUGUCCCACAUUGUCCCUCCAAUGUGAGAAGAUCUGGGGCCAAGGGUCAUUAGGAGCUAAAAAGGAAUGCUUUGAGGAGUAUAAUUCUAAAGGAACAGUGACUGGACAUUGCGGAAAGGAUAACAGCGGACAUUUUAUUAAGUGUGAUCCUGAAAAUGCUCGCUGUGGAUCCCUGCAGUGUCAGCUGGGUAACCGCUACCCCAUAGUGCCGGGUAUGGACGACUAUUACACAAAAAUCUACAUCAACAACAAGGGUACCGAGUUUGAAUGCAAAGCCACGACAGGUCUUCCAAAACCUUCGGAGAUAGCUCCCCUCGGGCUGGUAAGGGACGGCACCCCGUGCGGAGACAAUCUCGUCUGCGUCAACCAAACCUGCACCUCCAUCUUCACAUACAUCGACCACAUCAAUAAGUGUCCUACUGACGAUAAAAACAACGAGUGCUCUGGAAAAGGGGUGUGUUCGAACCUGAACCAGUGUGUUUGCAACCGAGGCUGGACAGGUCCAGACUGCUCACACCACGACGAACUCCCCCCUUCCCCCACUCCGUAUUAUGUUCCAGACAACAGCACAAAAGCUGCCUAUAACAUGACCAAGAAGGAAACACCGUAUGAGAACUACCACGGCUCGAACACGGUUUUCCUCGUGGCGGUGCUCAUGUCUGUGGUAGGGGGGGUAUUCAUAGUAUUUGCCCUGAGCGCUCUCUGCUACAGGUCAGUCGUAGUACACAAAAACUUCUCCCUGUGCCUAAGGAAAAAGAGUACGUCACGAAAAUACGACCCGCCUUACGUCAAGAAGCCGAUUGCGAAGAGCUUCGCAGCCGGCUCCACCACCUCUAACAACUCCCAAGAAGACAUUUCUCUGGACGGAGGGAAGAUGCACUCCUUCAACAACACGUUCAGUCGGGGAGACUCCCAGCGCGUGAUCUUCAGACAUGGCAACCACAUGUCAGGCUCUGGCAGUACCAGUAGAUACCCAGAUCACAAACAAAUGAAAAGAGUUCACUCUGGCAGUGAAGACGAGCCUACACAUUCAGGUGAAGAAGACAUAGCAUUUAUCGACGUAGCCCAGAAUUCAAUGGCAAAACUUCCAGAAAAGGGGAUCCUAAAGAAGCAUGGAUAUGGUGCAGUAGACGGCAAGGACAAGUGGGGAGAUGACUCGCAGUCUGAACAACUGGAAGCUGGCUCGCAGUCUGAUGGACAGGAGCCGGCUGGAGCCGUCGCUGAUAUGGAAUAUAAAUUUAAGGACCUUAACGGAUACCACGAAAAUAUAAUCGUAGCACUAAAGACUGCUGCGGCCCAACGUGCUGCGGGUGCAGGGGGCAUAGCGGUCGGCUCCGGCGACCUGCGAGCGUUGCAAGAGUAUGAGUACAAUAAGCGAGAGCGAGCGCCCUCUGCUGAGAAGAUCCACGAAACUGAACUUCGCCGACAGCGCAAUGAUGAUGAGGAAGAUGAACCUCCACAAUGUGGACCUAUCCGCAUUCGCAACCUUGAGGAUCUCAUCCGACAGCUCGAGCACCAUUCCAGCAGACACAUGAGCCCCUCAGGAUCCGAAGAUAUCAGGAUGUCGGAGACAGAGGCCGAUAGACACUAUAGAAUUGAACCUGGAGAUAUAGCAGCCGCAUGUCGCGGUCGUAUCGGUGGCGGCGAAGAGGAGUCUCGGUUCGGCUACCCUCGGUUCCGCGGCAGCGGGCGGCACCACGGGCCGCUGUUCGGCGCCGCGGCGGCGGGCGCGGGCGCCGCGCCGCGCCCGCCGCCAGACGACGACGCGCUCUAUGAGACCGCCGACGCCGAAAGACUUCGGGAUGCCCCCGACAGUGAGAGUGAUGAAUUUAUUCAAGCUCAACAACAGUUAGCCCGGUGGGCGAGUGAGGAGGCGGUGCCGGCGGCGCGCGGGUACCUGGCGUCGCCCGCCAGCUCGGCCAGCCCGGCGCCGGCGCCCGCCGCCGCCUUCCCCGAGUACACGCACUGACCCCGCCGGCGCGCGCGACACGCUCGAGGCGCACGAGUCGCGACCCACACGUCCUAGGCUACUAGAUAUCGAUGUAUCCAGCUCUGUCUGCACUGUUAGGGUAAGCACGUCGACUAGUUUAACCGUUAGUAAGAAACACGAUAAUUCUCUUCACGCGUAGUUAAUCUAAUAAAGGUAUAGUGAUCGGACGUAGGGCCGGCGUCGGCCGCGGCCGGCGCGCCGCCGCUUGUGAAUACGUAGUUAUCGUUAGCGAAUCAGUGACUUGUAAAUAUUAUUGACCUAUGACGUACAUAUUAAUUGCACAUAAACGAUAUGACUGAACUUGUAACGUACUCUUAAUAAACGAUUUAGAGUAACCGUCGAAUGUAAGUCUCGAUUGGAAGUGUUUGCCUGCCGCGCCGCCGGAGGGUGAUAUAUCUGUUACGUUGUCGUGUCACAUAUGAUUAUAUUCGUUCAUCUGAUCAAUACGCUUUAUAUCUAUAUAUCUGUUUGAGUGCCGCCACCCUGGCGGUGGUGCGGCAGAUUGUAUGUCUAAAGUAACUCUAAGUAACUCAGUGUAUGAACGUAGCGUUAAGUGUAACUGUGCGGUGCCGAGGUCCCCCGAUACGUCGAGCUCGAGUUCGUUUCACUUCCGACAGACGAAGCUCAAGUAGCUUGCAAAUUAGAUAGGCGAUUAACAAAUUGAGCUAAUUCUUAAGCGAAGCUUUAAUGUAACACGAUGUUAGCGGGAGAGGCGAAGGCAGAGCUCGACGUCGCGUCACGACGUCAUCAUUUGUCCUAGAGUAUCGUUUGGUUGUUAAGUUGUCCGAGUCCGUCUCAUCGCGUCACUGUCAGGAGGUGGGCGACACGCAACCGUCCCCGGAGAGUCAACAACUAUCGCUUUCAUACUGUAAUCACCUCUCCGAAUAUACGCCCAACUUCGUGUUCUACGUUUACGAUUACGAUCUUGACACGAUCUAGACUUGAAGGAACACCAAAGAGGUCACAGCGCACAUCUCGUAUCAUAUUGUACCUAAUGUGUUGUUCGUUGUGUUCGCGUCGUCAUCACUUAGUUCCGUAGACAGUUCAGCUCUCGAUCUCGUCUCACCGUGCACUAAUAAAGAAAUAAUUUAAUUAGCCCUUAACGUACACAUAUUCUAAAACUUAAUUAAAUGUGAAUAAAAGUUAUUUCGAUUUAUCAGAAUAUCUAUUAUUAUUAUGUAUUGACUUAAACGAAUUUAUGCCGAUACAGAUAGAGAAUGUAUGUUAAUAUGUUAUAGUUUUCAAGUUUAUUUUAUUGUGACAAUUUAGGAAGUUAUCGUUUGAUUCGCGUUUACGCUAGGCUAGGUGGCCCGGCCACGGAAUAUAAACACAUUAUGUAGUUAACUUACAGUUAAAUUAUUGAAUAAUGAAGUGGAGCGGCCGCGUAUGGUUGCGUCACACUGGUACGAUGUUCACUGGCGCUGUGAGGCUGCGCGCCCUGUUUUCGUAAUUAUUCUCCUAGAUAAUCGUUAAACCUUAAGUAAGUCUAAAUAGGAACUAUGAACACGUACAGGGUAGAUGUUUUUGCAAUACUCUGUGACUGGGUGUGGUCCCGGGCGGCUGCACGGCGCGGCCCGCGCACCGCACCCAGUAGGCGUCGCGACUGCUGCGGCGGCCGGGGGCGCCAUGCCUCGGCCUAACUCGUCAAUUGCGACCGGCGACCGACGCCGCCAUUGCUCACGGUAGUGCUCUGUUCUCGGUACGAAUUCUCGUAACUAAUGUAUGGGACGUGGUGAGCGCGCUGUGCUGUGACGUCACACCUCCGGAGCUGCGCAAUGUCAACUGUGGAACACUUGACCUUCCGUAGCGCUGUGUCGUGCGAGCUACUGCAUUACUGUCUGUCUGUCUGUACCGACCGGUCGGCACAGCACAGUGACGCGGGCCAGCAGUAACAUUGUAUGUAUUGAACAGUUAUAUUUAUCGUGUCACUGGAUGUUGAAUGUUUUGUACUUAAUAAAGUGGAUGCGCACAAGCAAAGAGGCUCAAUAGAAGUGUCGUGUCCUCUAUCGCGAAGUUGCGAUGAUUCGUAGGAACCGUUCACCACUACCGAACUACUGAUUUAGAAAUGUUAAAGUUAAGUGAUAUUAUAUAAUAUAAAAAUACGAAUUUUAAACGAAAAAAAAAACGUUAAGACGUUGUAAUUUUUCCGUUUGAUUUUGUCCUUGUAAAUAUAUUUGCUAUAUGAUUUACUAAAUGAAUGUAACAUAUUAUUAAUGAAAAAAUAGAU